AUGUUCAAUGACUCUAAACAAUUUCGAAAUGUAUUCAAGGAAUUUCCGUAUUUUAAUUACAUACAAUCUAAAGCCAUGGAUGAACUUCUUUAUUCAGAUAAAAACUUUGUGAUUUGUGCUCCCACUGGAUCUGGAAAAACUGUGAUAUUUGAAUUAUCAAUUAUUCGAUUAUUAGUGGAAGCUCCAAUGCCUUGGACUAAUAUUAAAGUAGUAUACAUGGCACCAAUCAAAGCUUUAUGUGGGCAAAGAUUUGAUGACUGGAAAGAAAAAUUUGGACCCAUUGGCCUGAACUGUAAGGAACUGACAGGAGACACUCAGAUUGAUGAUCUUUUUGAAAUUCAGCAUGCACACAUUAUUAUGACUACACCUGAAAAAUGGGACAGUAUGACCAGGAAAUGGAGAGAUAAUACUUUGGUUCAACUUGUGCGUCUCUUUCUUAUUGAUGAGGUUCAUACAGUGAAGGAUGAAAACCGAGGUGCAACACUUGAGGUUGUAGUAAGCAGAAUGAAAACAAUACAAUCUUCUCUUUCUCGUGUUUACAAGCAGUCUGAAGUGCUUGUACCAAUGCGUUUUGUGGCUGUUUCUGCAACAAUACCCAAUGCAGAAGAUGUUGCAGAAUGGCUGUCAGAUGGAAGACAUUCUGCUGUUUGUAUGAAAAUUGAUGAAACCCAUCGACCAGUGAAACUGAGGAAAGUUGUAUUGGGAUUUCCGUGCACGGGCAAUCAAACAGAAUUUAAGUUUGACCUAAGUCUUAACUACAAAAUUGCUGGCGUUAUACAGACGUAUUCAGAUCAGAAGCCAACUCUUGUGUUUUGUGCUACACGGAAAGGCGUACAACAGGCAGCUUCUGUUCUUGCGAAGGAUGCUAAGUUUAUCAUGAGCAUAGAACACAAACAAAGACUUCAGAAGUCUGCAAAUGCCAUAAAAGAUGCAAAGCUCAGAGAUCUCUUAACAUAUGGUGUUGGAUACCACCAUGCUGGUGUUGAUAUAUCUGACAGAAAAGUAAUUGAAGCAGCUUUUACAAAGGGAGACCUGCCAGUACUUUUUACUACUAGCACCUUGGCCAUGGGCGUAAAUUUGCCAGCUCAUUUAGUUAUUAUUAAAUCCACAAUGCAUUAUGCUUCAGGGAUGUAUCAAGAAUAUAGUGAGACUGAUAUCCUGCAAAUGAUUGGCAGAGCAGGAAGACCUCAGUUUGAUACUACAGCCACAGCAGUGAUUAUGACAAGGCUACAUACCAGAGAGAAAUAUGUACAAAUGUUGGAUGGUGCCGAUACUAUAGAAAGCAGCUUACACAAACACCUUAUUGAACAUUUAAAUGCAGAAGUAACCCUGCAUACAAUCACAGAUGUUAACAUUGCUUUGGAAUGGAUUCGAUCAACUUUUUUAUACAUCAGGGCACUGAAGAACCCAACUCAUUAUGGCUUCCAGAAAGGCUUAAACAAGACUGGAAUUGAGGCGAAACUACAAGAAUUAUGUUUAAAAAAUCUGAAUGAUUUAUCUUCUGUGGGACUAAUCAAAAUGGAUGAAGAAACCAAUUUUAAACCAACAGAAACCGGGAAAUUAAUGGCUUUAUACUACAUUGCAUUUGACACAGCAAAACUGUUUCAGAGGAUUAAUGGAAAAGAGACAUUACCGGAAAUGAUAACAAUGAUCGCAGCAUGCAGCGAGUUUUCUGAUGUACAGCUGAGAACAAGUGAGAAGAGGCUACUGAAUACAUUGAAUAAAGACAAGAACAGAAUAACUAUUAGAUAUCCAAUGGAAGGAAAAAUAAAGUCCAGAGAAAUGAAGGUGAACUGUCUUAUACAGGCCCAGUUUGGAUGCAUUCCUGUUCAAGAUUUUUCUUUAACACAAGACAUAGCAAAGAUUUUCAGACAUGGCACAAGAAUAACUAAAUGUUUAUCUGAAUUUAUGGCAUUACAAGAAAAGAAGUUUGUCGCAUUUUUAAACUCACUGAUCCUGACCAAGUGUUUUAGAAGCAAACUAUGGGAAAACUCUUUACAUGUAUCAAAACAACUAGAAAAAAUUGGUGUUACCUUAGCGAAUGCAAUGGUAAACUCUGGACUCACAUCUUUUAAAAAAAUAGAAGAUACUAACCCAAGGGAAAUUGAAAUGAUUGUCAACAGGCAUCCGCCAUUUGGGAAUCAAAUAAAAGAAGCUGUUACAUAUCUUCCAAAGUAUGAAAUUGGCUUUGAACAGAUAACAAGAUAUAGUCAAACCAUAGCAGAAGUUGUUGCCACCAUUGUAUUAAAAAACUUUGAACAAUUGCAGAAGAAGAGAACAGCACCAGUUUCACAUUAUGUAACUCUUUUAAUAGGAGAUGCUGAUAAUGAAGUUGUUUUUAAGCAGAAAAUAAUGGAUUCUGCUCUUAUAAAAACUGGAACUUGGACUAAAAAAAUUGAAAUCAAAAGAGCUAUUAAAUCAGAAGAACUUAGCAUAAAUCUGAUCAGCUCUGACUAUGUGGGCCUGGACAUUCAACAGAAAUUCUGUGUUUUUUAUCUGGGACCUAAAAUGUUCAGUUCAGACAUGGUCGAUCAAGGGAAAGCAGAAGAUACCCUUUUGAAGGGCAAAUAUGAUUCAGGAAAAAUUAUACAUAAUGCUGAUGGUGAGUAUCUAAGUAUCUACAAGAUCAUCACAUGUGGGAUUACACUCAAGUUCACUAGGAGGAGACAAGAAUACCGCUACUACAGCUUUAAUCUCCCCCAAUCUUCCAGUAAAUUUGUGCCUCCAAAAUGGAGUAAGGGGGUGUUAGGAUUUUCGGUGCAGGAUGCCAAUGCCCAAUCAGGUUUAUCACAAAAUGUUAGUACCCAGUCUAAUGAUGUUACACAACAGGAUUUAAACAGUAUUGAUGAAAGUGUAUUUGGGCUGGAUACAAUGGUGAAUCAACCCUUUGAUUUUGUAGACAGUAUUGUGUUAGAGGGUCUUAGAAAUAUGGAGGAAGAAUAUGGUCCUGAGGACAGUGAUAUCCCCAUUCCAGUAAAACAUUCCUCUAACUUUUAUCCUGUUCAGUUCAGAGGUCCUGCUUUGAAUCUCUAUCAGAAAAGAAUAGAAAGGGAGAUACUAGCUCUAGAGGAUACUGUGAAACAAAAAAAGAUAACAGAAUCUAAUUUGACUAAAAAGGAAAAGUUGGCCUUAGCAUCACUUGAGAACAAUACCAAUCUUGUUAUCCGUAACUCGGAUAAAGGGGGGAACGUAGUGGUUCUUAACAAGAAAGACUACGUCCAAGAAAGCAAUAGGCAACUUAAUGAUCCUUCAACUUAUAGGAAGAUGGAUUCCAAUCCUAUGCAUCUAUUUAAGGCCAAAUUAAUUAGAAUGCUUGAAAAGACUGUCACUAUUGGACUCCUCACCAGGGAGCAGUUGGAAUUUUUGAUUCCUGAGAAUCCACGGAUUCCGAUUUUUCAUUAUCUACCUAAAACACAUAAAAGUUUGACCCAACCCCCGAGACGACCAAUUAUCUCGGGGAUUGGGUCAUUGUUUGAACCCACCUCAGAGUGGAUGGAUUCAAUUUUACAGCCCCUGGUGAGGAGUCUCAAGAGUUAUUUGAGAGAUUCCACACACCUCCUGCAAUUAUUAAAAAACCUUAUAUGGAAGAAGGAGUAUAAAUGGAUUGUGGUGGACGCCACUGCAUUAUACUCCAGUAUACCACAUCAUAUGGACGAUUUGAUUUUCAUAGUCAGGGAACCUUUUGAAUACAAUGAUUUUCUUACAUAUCUAGGUCAAAAUGAAUUUAAUCUAAAGUUUGUAGGGGAUAUGCAUGAAACUGUAGUUGAUUUAUUGGACCUUACCCUGAAAGGGGAUGUUGAGACUGGCGAAGUGAUCAGUGAUACUUUUCGUAAGUUGACAGCAGGGAAUACCAUUUUACAUGCUAGGUCAUGUCACCCACCACAUUUGGUACAAUCUAUUCCCAGGGAUCAACUUAUGAGACUGCGCAGAAAUACCAAUUUGGACAGUCUGUUUGAAGUACAGGCCAAGGCCCUUAUUGAACGUCUUAAAUUAAGGAGUAUACAGGUCAGACGAGCAGAGAGUUGA